AAACGAGACAAACGAAGAAACGAACGAAUACCCUCCUGCUUCCCUGAGCCCUUCUGCUUAUAAACAGAGGAGGAAGGAGAGAUGAAAGAAAACCUUGAAGAAGAGAAUGGAAGGGGGAGGGGAUGAGAAGAUUAAGGGAUCUUGGAGUCCCGAAGAAGAUGCUUUACUGAUGAGGUUGGUGGAAAGGCAUGGGGCUCGGAACUGGACGCUUAUAAGCGCAGGAAUACAGGGGAGAUCGGGGAAAUCUUGCCGGCUCCGAUGGUGUAAUCAGCUGAGCCCGGACGUCCAUCACCGCCCUUUUACGGCGACCGAGGAUGCUAUCAUCGUCGACGCCCAUAGGGAAUAUGGAAACAAAUGGGCGACUAUUGCACGGCUUCUUCCCGGUCGCACUGAUAACGCCAUAAAGAACCAUUGGAAUUCUACUCUCCGCCGCCGACGCCGCGUUGAGGCUACGUCUAUCUCCGCUGCUCUCUCCGCCGCUGCUCUCUCUGUCCCUGAGUCAGAUUCGGAAUCGGGAGGAAAGCGGCCGUGUAGGAGGGAUGAUUUGAUUCUGAGAGUGGUGGAGCCAAUGACACCGGAGGCAGUGGAUCCGGCGACAUCGCUGUCACUGAGCCCUCCUGGAGAAAGCUCAGCGGCGGCCGCUCCCUCGGCACCAGACAUCGGCACCGGCGGCGGGUGUAUGGAGAAGGGGUGGUUGGGGAAUGCGACUUUGAUGUCUGUAAUGAAGAAAGUGAUCGCCGAGGAGGUGCGAAAGUACAUGGGAGAGCUCAGGCUGCAAAGCGGCGGUGGAUUUUUGUCUAUUGUGAAGGCAGAGAGUACAUCCAACGGCCAAGAUUAAAGCUUCGUUUUGAGAUAUUUCCUAUAUUUUUGCUUUUCCUCGUCAGUCGUCGCUAUUCUUCUUACUUUUUUGCUUCGAAUUAGGAGAAAUAAUGUCCAAGAAAAUGUAAAUAAUUAGUAAAAUCUAUUUUGUUUUUAAGUAAAUAUAUGCC